UUUUUUUUAAACCCUAAAGACAAACGUACGAUCUUCUCCCUGGCGAUUCCUCUCCUCUCCUUCUCGCGCGACCUCUUGCUCCUUCGUGAACAAGGAAAACUCGAACGGCGGGCUUCGUCGAACGACGUCGGGGUUUCAGACCGCGAACCAUCAACCUAGUUCCCACCCUCCCGUCCUACUCACACGUGCUCCACCUCCUUCGCGUUCUCCUCGGCCCUCUCACUCUUCACGCCCAACGCCGACACCGACGGCGGCGCCGGCUCUCCCUUCCUUUUAGCAACUCUCGCCACUCUGCCAUUUUCUCCUGCUCGUACUGCCGCUGCCGCCUUCCUCCUAUCUGUUUGCGCUCUUUUUUCUAUUCUCUUCGUACCGAUUUAGUUUCUCGUUUGCCGUCGGAAUGGCGAAGGAGGAAUUUAGGGUUUACAAUUCGAUGACGCAGCAGAAGGAAGUCUUCACGCCGAAGGAGCCUGGUAAGGUUGGCAUGUACGUCUGCGGCAUCACGGCCUAUGAUUUCAGCCAUAUUGGCCAUGCCCGUGCCGCCGUAAACUUUGACGUCCUGUACAGAUACCUUAAGCACUUGGGAUACGAAGUUACUUAUGUGCGGAAUUUUACUGAUGUUGAUGACAAGAUAAUUCGACGGGCAAACGAGUCUGGGGAGAAUCCAUUUACGUUAAGUGAUCGCUUUUGCCAAGAAUAUCUUUCUGACAUGGCCGAUCUUCAGUGCCUUUCUCCAACACAUCAACCUCGUGUGUCAGAUCACUUGGAACAAAUCAAGGAUAUGAUAACUCAGAUUAUAAAGAAGGAAUAUGGCUAUGUAGUUGAUGGAGACGUGUUCUUUUCUGUGGACAAAUUUCCAAAUUAUGGACAGUUGUCGGGACAAAAGCUUGAAAAUCAUAGGGCUGGCGAACGGGUUGCUGUGGAUUCGAGAAAGCGUAAUCCUGCUGACUUUGCAUUGUGGAAGGCUGCGAAACCUGGUGAGCCAAGUUGGGAAAGUCCAUGGGGUCCUGGAAGACCUGGAUGGCAUAUAGAAUGCAGUGCUAUGAGCGCUCAUUAUCUUACUUUUAGGUUUGAUAUCCAUGGAGGUGGCAUCGAUUUGAUCUUUCCACAUCAUGAAAAUGAGGUUGCACAAAGCUGUGCUGCCUGCCAAGAGAGUAAAAUUAGUUAUUGGAUGCACAAUGGGCAUGUUACCAAUAAUAACGAAAAGAUGUCCAAAUCACUGGGUAAUUUUUUCACCAUUCGCCAGAUUACGGAAAGGUAUCAUCCAUUAGUUUUGAGACACUUUUUAAUAAGUGCUCAUUAUCGGUCCCCUCUCAAUUACACUAUCUCUCAGUUGGAUAGUGCAUCAGAUACGGUUUAUUAUAUAUACCAGACUUUGCAAGAUUGUGAAGAUGCUUUAUCACAACAUCAAGGGGAAAACCUUACUGACGGUUUGGGAAAAACAACCAAAAAAGAUCCUGUUAGCUCUGCUGCUGAAGAAUGCAUCAGUAAUCUACGCUCUGAAUUUCAAACUAGAAUGGCAGAUGACUUGAACACGGCACAUAUAUUAACUGGCACCUUCCAGGAAGCUCUGAAAUUUAUAAAUAGUACUUUGGCAUCGUUGAAGAAGAAGCAACCAAAGAAACAGCAACUUUCCAUGAUCCAGUCCCUUGUCAAUGUGAAGAAGGAAUUGAGAGAAGUUCUAGAUGUUCUUGGAUUGCUGUCCUCAUUUACGUACUCUGAAGUUUUGCAGCAGUUGAAGGACAAAGCACUGAAGAGAGCACGGAUGGUGGAAGAUGAUAUCCUCCGUUUGAUUGAAGAUAGAACACAAGCUAGAAAAAACAAAGAUUUCGCGAGAAGUGACAAUAUCCGAGCCGAGCUAUCUUACUUGGGCAUAGCUCUCAUGGAUGUUGGUAAAGAGACCAUCUGGAGGCCGUGUGUUCCUGUAGAACUGGCGCCACUGCCUCCUCCAUCUGAACAGAACAAGCCCAGUCCAGUGGAGCAAAAGCCGAAGGAGCAGCAACUUGCCCAGCCGCCAGCAGUUGAACUUGAAGGCAGUUCAAGAGCAAACAGUUGAUGCUCAGCCACAUGAGGCGGAAAAGAAGGUGACUGUGCCCAUCUGAUGUUGUGUCUUUUUCGUUUGGCGAAGAGGGAUGGAGGAUGAGAUUUACAUUGUUGGCCAUUCGUAAACACUUUUUGGCCAUUAAUGUCGAAACCUGAUACAUUUUGGAAGAGCCUGCUUGGCCUACAGAUAUAUGUAACUUUAUUUAUACGUAAUUUAAUUGUUGAGAAAGCGAGAGAAUUUACUACUAACUUAUACCACAGUUUAGCCCCUAAAAAUUAAUCCCAGCCGACUCCCUGUUAUAAUGAGAAUUUCAUUUGAAAUAAUUGAUUAUGGGCCAAGAGGAAAUUUAUGGUUCAAUUUUUGCAAGUUUUUCCCCCAAA